UCCAGAGAAGUGUUUGUCAUUUUUCCUACCUAAAGAUACCCUGAGGCCUGAUUGCCCCUGGGCACUUUCCUCUGGAGAUAGGAAGCCUAAGUGCUGUAUUUGUGGACUCCUGAGAUUUGAGAUCUAGUAUUAGGGAAACUCAGAAAUGCUGAAGCUGUGGUUAUUUUUGAUCUGCUUCCCUUAGGUGAAUCACCAGAGUGUCAGUCUUCCUCCCUGCCCACUGUAUUCUACCAUCCCAAAGUAGCUAGUCAAGUUGGAACUUAAACAUUUAUUCCUCCUUGGUGGUCUAGCCACUCCCUUUAGUUCAUGAUAAAUAACUGAUUAUAUUGGAGCUUAGGGCGGCUGGUUAUAUACUUCAGAACUUUCCAACUUAAGUUUAGGAAAAAGCACAUGAAGUGAGCCCCUUGAAGGAAUAUGGGCUUCCCUUCUAUACUUGCUAGUCAUGAGGCUCUGUUGUGAUUACCCUUGAGUGAAACACUUGAGAAUUUGCAAUCAUGGUCACCCAGGGCUGGGUGAGAGUAUGGGUUUCCAAUGCUCUUAAGUUGUGGGGAAAGAAUAAAAUGGGUAGGUGGAAUCACUAUGCUGUUCAGAGAUAAAGCUUGUGUUUUGUGGUCGCUUAGGGAAGAAGGGCAGGUAGUGCAUUUACAUGGCCUGUCUCUUGGGCUCAAGGCUGAUAGAGGGGGGGAAAAACCUUAAAGAAAUAAGACUUAAAAAUAAGAAAACUAUGUUAAAAUGGCUAAAAUGACACCAAAGAAGAGAGGCAAGUCGGGAGAACUGUUAGUACUUUUCAUUAUUUAAAAAUGAAUAGUGGGUGGAUAAGAACACUGCUCUUCAGAGAACCUAAGUUUGAUUCCCAGGCUCACAACCACCUGUAACACCAGAUCAGAUACCUCUGGCCUGCAAAGUCACCGUCACUCACAUGCACAUAAAAAUCUUGAAAGUUCCCUUUUAGUUCUGUAUUGAUAGAAAGUAGUUCACAUUGAUUGAUGCUUGUCACAGAUAUACGAACCUAGUCAAAGCCACAAGUAAUGACAAACAUAAUAUUUGGAUGAUUGUAUAUUAUAAGCAGAGAAGAAUAAAAGACCUGGAAAUAAUCGGGAAUAUAUGGCUGGAGUUACAGCAGGUCAUUCAUUGUUUGCAAGUAUUUCCAGUCCUGCAAGGCCCAGUGACAGUGAACAAUGGGGCAUUUUGCUUGUUGAAAAGCAUUGUUUUCUUCAGGUUAGUAUUACUGUUCAAAUGUCUGAACAUGAAUGAAUGCUUUUCCUCAGCCCUGUUAUUCAUACUUAGAAAUCUGUUAGCCUGACCACUGUUGAACUGCUGACCCCUGGCCCACUAAGGUCUGAGACUUGUUCCUAGAGUGGUUAGUUCUUGGGAUGUGAAACAAGGUCUGUAUAGUCUUAGGUGACAUCAGAUAAUACUGAUUUCUUUAUGUAUCUUCAUUGUAGAACAGCUGGUCCCUGGUUCUUUAGUGAAGAGCCAUGUGGCCAUUGCUCGUGGCUUACUGUCAUAGCUUCAAAAUUACCCAAAGUCAGGGUCAGGAGAUGGAUCAGUGGGUAGAAGUGCUUGCCAUCAAGCCUGAUGACCAGAGUUCUGGGACCCACAUGGUGAAAGGAUAGUACUGACUCUUCAAGUCGUCCUCUGCCCACCUAUAUGCACAUAAGUUGAGAAAGUACCCAAACUCAAACUGCUUUGGGCUUCUAUAUUUUUAGUAUAUAAGGAAGGACAGGCUAUUGGGGAAAAGGCCUUAUAUUCUAAAACUCAUCAACUUCACAGGUCAUAACAUUGCUGUUGGUAGAUGGGAGAGUAAAGAGCUCUGGCUUUUAAAAGGUACUGUAUUUGGACAGAAUGUCGUCUUACUUUCUUUGUGUUUUGAUAAUUAUCUGGCUUAGCUUUGAGUCCACCAAGUAAAUGUGAAUAGAAAAAGACAAGAUAACCUUUAUUGUGUGUGUGUGUGUGUGUGUGUGUGUGUGUGUGUGUGUGUGUAUGUAUGUAUGUAUUAUGAAGGCUUAGAGCAUGUAAACAAAGUCCAUGUGUGGGAGAAGCUACAGAGAAUUUGUAUCUAGUCAGCAUGUGUAGUGAGCUGCUUAUUGCCAAUAUGGAUAAUACUGGGGGAAAAGUUGAGAAGCAGUAAAUUGCUUUUGUUUGGGAAAGGGUAAGCAAGCUCCAGUCUCAAAAAUUCUCUCCAGAACUUCAUCUCUAGUCUACACAAUACUGUUAGAAAGUAAGCAGGGCAAGUAGACCACUGUUGAAUAUCCAAACACAUUUCCUUAAUGAAGUUUUUCCAUGACUGUUGGGCUUUGGACUUCCUAUUGUUGGGCUUUGGACUUCCUAUGGAAGCAUGGAUGUUUUAAUCUUACUGUGUGGUAACAGGACAGGGACAUCCAAAAGGGACUAAAGGAGGAAUGAGCUUCUGGAAGGGAGGAAUAAUUGUUAAGUUACAUAGAACACAAUACAUUAAACAUAGGCUACAGUCUUAGCCUAUGUUUAAUGUGGUCUUCCACUUAACUGUGGAAUACUUAUAAAUGAUAUUCUUGCUGUUCUUUGUAUAAGGAAUAGACUGUCAAAAUUUAAAAGCUCAGUAAAUAGAGUUUAGUCCCUAACGUACGGUUCUGGUGGAAGCCAGCCAGUAUCACUGGUUGAAAAGUCACUCAUGAUAACAGAUUUCAUUUGCCCCUGUGAUGUUAAGAGUGCCAGAUUGUAGGCAAGCAUCUCAUUUUAGAGGCAUUGUGCUAAAAGCAUUAAGAAAUAGUUUCAAAUGAAAAAUUUCCACUUUGGUGGUAGUUUUCACUUGGGAUCUCAGUAAUGCAAUGAAGAUUGUAGCUGAGAAUACAUUUAAUAUCUACAAGCUAAAUUGGCUUCGGGUUCUGCAGUCUACAAUUUGUCAGAAAUCAUGACAUUGACCAGGCUUAGAAACAUUAAGCUGGGUGUGCCUGGUUUCCCUGGAUGUACAUUUCCUCAUUCCAAAGGCAGACUGCUUAACUUGUGGAUCUGUAGCUAUGGAGGUAGUCAUGGAUCCUUCAGUGAAGAGCUCACAUCAUCAGUCUGGGCUAUGAGGGCAUGUUUCAAAAACAAAAAACCAAAGUAAGAAACCUGGAACAAUUGCUUAACUUUUAAAUCCAGUGUUAUAAAAGUCUAAGUAGUACUGGCAUGCUCUCAAAUGUGUCAGAAUAAAAGACAAGGAACAUGAGCUGUGAAAACAUUGUUUUAUGUGAUAAUGCACAUUUUCUAAUAAACAUUCAAUAUGAAGAUAAAAGGUAAAAGCCUUCAUGCUUAACCAGCAGUCACCUUUUAUAAUAAAUACUGGGAAAUAGCCUUCACAAGAUGAGGUAAUUGUCUAGAAAAUGCUCAUUCAGGCCUACUGUGAAACAUACUCAAUACUCUGGAAUUUUGUAUCAUUCACACAACUGAUUUUAAACAUGCUUCUGCAAUUCCUCCACAGUGUCAAAAGUUUUUAGUCAAAUGCUUUGAUCAAACAAAGGACUUCACAUCUGUGUUCCUGCCUUCAUCUCCAUUAGUCUAAUGAAAUGAGAGAGGUCAUGUUGCUUUGGGGAAUUCUUUAGUUACCUAAGUAACAUACAUUAGUAAAUGCCUUUCUCCAUAAGCAUAGGUAAGCACUAAGGAAUAUAUUCUAAGUGCCAGUGGAUGUGUCACAUAAGCAUUGGCUGGAUUUUUUGUUUGUUUUAAAGCAAGAACUGAAGGAAUAAGACUGUGAACAAACAGACACAUUGAUUUCAAUUUAAUCCUUUCUUAAUGUGAUUAUCAACCACUGUACAGAAUCAGAGUUGCCAGCUUUUUGGCAUGGUCACCCCUGAAUUAGACUUGGCUUUCUCAGCAUCAUAGUCACUCCUGUGGAUGUGGAGAAAUGAGGUACAGACUGGCAGACAAAUUACAAUGACAGCUAGUGCUCCUGGGCAACAGUGUGAGUUGAAGGGCGCAAAUCUCCUUAAAAGGGCAUCUCAGCCGUGCAGGAAGUUUUGAAAGGCAGGAAUCACCAUGGAAGAAGGCUCAGAAGUAGACCAACUUUUCCUAUCAAGGUCUCGAAAGGGAACCAGGAACCCCCCUCCCCCCUCAGGUCAUGGGGAAGAGAGCCUGACAAGACAAAGGCUCCAGAAACCAACUGCAAUGCCAAUAAUUUAUAGAUCAGGUUGCAAAGUCAUAGACCCAAUAACAAGAAUUAGGGCACGUGACUAGUGACUGGGAAACACAAGCAUGGUCAUAAGAGUGAAAAAGAACACUAGGAGUCAUUAAACCAAUGGUGUAAGUUCUUGUUAGUCCUGAUUUGUGUUGACUUUGGGAGGCUUGUUGAUCUUCUGAUUUAGGUUAACAGUAGCCCAAGGAAUAGAAGAUACAUGAAGCAUGUAGACAAGAUUCAAGGGCCCCAGGGAUGACAGAGUGCAGGAAGGGGCCCUGGGGUCUGUUUGAAUUUAAAGCCCAUGCUUCCUCACUGCAAGCAUUGUUGCUUUCCGAGAAACACACACACACACACACACACACACACACACACACACACACACACACACACACACACACACAUUCUACUCCCAUUUGUCUUUUGUUUUGAUAUCUAAGUAAACUACUGCUUUAAAGAUUAUGAAGUUUCUUGCUUAUUUCAUUCCAUAAAUGAAGAGCAGAUGUUCAACAGAUUUCACCACUGGGCACUAUGAUUUCUCUGAAUCCUCCAUUGCAUUGAGAUCUGCUUAGCCCCUCCUAUUAAUACAUAGGCAGCAACAUCUAUCUCAGAGAGAGGGCACACAGUCCGAAACCAUCUGAACAGAGAAAGAAGACCAAUGGAUCAAAGCAACAUCUGAUGUACAGACUAUUUCAGCCUUUGCAUUGUUGUUGCAUUUUUAAAAAUUGGCUCUUGGGUGUCCAUAAUCAUAUUCAUAUUCUUGAGGCUCAGGGCCCAUUCUCAUGGUUGGCUCAUAUACUCGCCCAGAUGUCUUCUGACGCAAAGUUUCAGGGUUCUUUUUAUUUUUCUGAGAAAGUGAUGGCUCUAUCAGCUCCACUUCCCAUGCAGGGCAACCAAUAGCUGCUGCUGUCCCCUACCAUACCAAUCUCUCAGACCACAAGGCUUCGUCUCAGCUGAUAGUGCAAGGUCAGAGGAAGCAGGGAAGGAACUAGCGCAAUAGUUUUCCAGUCUGGUUGUACAUUAGACACUGGGUCUGAACUCUCACUCUUCAUGUCAUGUAGAAAACAUGCUGUUUUAGUGUAUUUACUCCACCUGUUGACAUGAGCUGCCUGGUAAGUGUCCGUAUUUGAGUUUGAGCAUCCUGCUCUUUUGGUCAACUUCCUAAUAACAUCUGUAAUUAAUUAUCUCUUCAGUUUCUGUUUAUUCCUGGGAGGUAAGAAUGAACUAUUAGCUCAAGGAAAACAGGCUUUCCUUUAUGUGUGGAAACUGCAGGGCCUCAGUAACUCAUCCAUAAAACUUCUAAGUGGUAUCACAGAGAUUCAUACCUUGGCGUGAAUCCAAAGCUGAAGCUUUGGAGCUAUAUGAUAACACUCACUGCCUUCUCGAUAAUCUUUAUGGCCAUGCUCCAUCACGCAGUGUUUUCCCUCCACCUCAGCUGUGUGGAGCUGGAUAUCAGGAAAUGGGGCCAAUUGCCAGACAAGGCUCAGGAACACUGCCCUUGUCUUUGUUAAAGCCUGUGGUGAAUGCUUGACUCCUGCUAAUAUCAGGCCAGGAAUAUGGCUUUGUUGGCCCUGAGAACCACACAUUUCUGAGGUCAUUGUGAGGUCAUCGUUUCUGGCAUGGCAUGUAUGUGGAGCUGGGCUCUCCCUCUGCUGCACAUGGGCCAGCUCCUAUUAAAGGGACUUGAGCUCCAUUCCCAGAGCUGCCAGACAGCUGAGAUGGGGCGACUGCUGCUGUGGGUUGGGCUUGUUCUUCUGACGAAACACAAUGAUGGUACUGCCUACAAGCUGGUGUGUUAUUUCACCAACUGGGCUCACAGUCGGCCAGAUCCUGCCUCCAUCUUGCCCCAUGACCUGGACCCCUUUCUUUGUACACACCUGAUAUUUGCCUUUGCCUCAAUGAACAACAAUCAGAUUGUGGCCAAGAAUCUCCAGGAUGAGAAAAUUCUCUACCCAGAGUUCAACAAACUCAAGGAGAGGAACAGGGCGCUGAAAACACUGCUGUCCAUCGGAGGGUGGAGCUUCGGCACAGCACGGUUCACCACUAUGCUGUCCACACUUGCCAGCCGUGAAGAGUUUGUUGAUUCAGUCGUAUUCUUCCUGAGAACACAUGGCUUUGAUGGGCUUGAUCUCUUCUUCUUGUACCCUGGACUACGAGGCAGCCCCAUGCAUGACCGGUGGAAUUUUCUCUUCUUAAUUGAAGAGCUCCAGUUUGCUUUUGAGAAGGAGGCACUGUUCACCCAGCGCCCAAAGCUGCUGCUGUCGGCUGCUGUCUCUGGCAUCGCACACAUCAUUCAAACAUCUUAUGAUGUGCACCUUUUAGGAAGACGUCUGGAUUUCAUUAAUGUAUUGUCUUAUGACUUACAUGGAAGUUGGGAAAAGUUUACAGGACACAACAGUCCUCUGUUCUCCCUUCCUGAUGACUCCAAAUCUUCGGCCUAUGCUAUGGAUUACUGGAGAAAACUUGGGGCACCUGCAGAUAAACUUAUCAUGGGCUUCCCUGCCUAUGGACGUACCUUUCAACUCCUUGAAGAAUCUAAGAACGGAUUGCAGGCUGCCUCAACGGGACCAGCAUCUCCUGGGUAUUACACCAAGCAGGCUGGCUUCCUGGCUUACUAUGAGGUUUGUUCCUUUAUCCAGAGAGCAGAACAGCGCUGGAUUGAUUAUCAGUAUGUCCCAUAUGCCUAUAAGGGGAAGGAGUGGGUUGCCUACGAUGACACCAUCAGCUUCACUUACAAGGCAACAUUUGUGAAAACAGAACAUUUUGGGGGUGCCAUGGUGUGGACACUGGAUAUGGACGACGCCAGGGGCCUUUUCUGUGGCAAUGGCCCUUUCCCCCUUGUCCAUAUAUUGAAUGAGCUCUUGGUGCAGGCAGAGUCCAAACCAACCCCUUUGCCACAAUUUUGGUUUACAUCGCCUGUGAAUUCCUCAAGACCUGGCUCUGAGAGUCUGCCUGUGACAGAGGGGUUUACCACUGAUACUGUAAAGAUUUUGCCCCCAGGAGAAGCUAUGGCCACUGAAGUCCACAGAAAGUAUGAAAAUGUGACUACAAUCUCUAAUGGUGGAUUCGUGACCCCUGAGGGAACAUCUCCUGAAGCACAUGUGGUAGCUCUAGAGAGUAGCACUAUGGCUCCUGAGGCAAAAACCACAACCUCACUAGACCUUCCAUCUGAGACCACUACUGAGAAGACAGUGACAGCCCAGACACAGACAACUAGGGAAGAGACCAUGGCCACAGUGGGUAAUCAGUCUGUGACCCCUGGGGCGGAGACCACGGCCACAGUGGGUAAUCAGUCUGUGACCCCUGGGGCGGAGACCACGGUCACAGUGGGUAAUCAGUCUGUGACCCCUGGGGCGGAGACCACGGUCACAGUGGGUAAUCAGUCUGUGACCCCUGGGGCAGAGACCACAGUCACAGUGGAUAAUCAGUCUGUGAUCCCUGGGGUGGAGACCACGGCCACAGUGGGUAAUCAGUCUGUGACUCCUGGGGCGGAGACCACGGUCACAGUGGAUAAUCAGUCUGUGAUCCCUGGGGUGGAGACCACGGCCACAGUGGGUAAUCAGUCUGUGACUCCUGGGGCAGAGACCAUGGUCACAGUGGAUAAUCAGUCUGUGAUCCCUGGGGUGGAGACCACGGCCACAGUGGGUAAUCAGUCUGUGAUCCCUAGGGAGGAGACCAUGGCCACAGUGGGUAAGCAGUUUGUGACCCCUCAGGAGGAGACCACAGCUACAGUGGGUAAUCAGUUUGUGAUCCCUUGGCCAGAGACCACAGACACAGUGGAUAAUCAGUCUGUGAUCCCUGGGGAGGAGACCACGGCCACAGUGGGUAAUCAGUUUGUGACCCCUGGGGUAGAGACCACAGACACAGUGGGUAAUCAGUUUGUGAUCCCUUGGCCAGAGACCACAGACACAGUGGGUAAUCAGCCUGUGACUCCUGGAGGGAUGGAUACAACUCUUGUCUAUCUUCAGACUAUGACUCCCAGUGAGAAGGGAACUUUGAGGAAGAAGGCUGUGGUCCUUGAAAAGAUCACUGUUUCUCCUAGAGAGAUGUCCAUUGCCCCUAAUGGGCAGAGCACAGCUCUAAAGUGGGAGAGAUUGAUUACUGAAGUGGAGACUUACCCCCAGAAUGGAUGAAUUGGUCUUCAUGUAGCAUUGGAGAACAGAAUGCUGUCCUCCAGCACUGUUGUCCUGUUCCCAGGAUACGCUCCUUUCUCUUUUGAAAAUGGCUUCACUCUUACUGAUGGAAACCACUGCUUUGUCAACACCAUAGCCCUUCUAACAAAUCUCUGUCUUACAAAAAGAACACCCAGAACACUCUGUUACAGAUCAAAGAUCAUGAGCUCCAUUAGGUGGCAAAUCCCUGGGGAAAACCCUUGUUUUUUUCUUCUAUGUGAUAUGACAGAAGUCAUCUCAUGCUGCCACCCAUGAACCAUUUGUGGGGCAAAGCUGGCACCAAGGCCACCAUGGGGCAGUCUCCUUUUUGUCUAAUAAACUGGAAGCAUGAGAAUCUU